AUGGCUGACUCAGAUGGCGAGUACCCCGGCUCGGAUGAUGAUAUUGCCCUGGGCAUGAACGGUGCUGGCCCUUCUGGAAAAGCGAAGGACAAGAGUCUGGCAUCAAGACCGAAGGGGCGAGCGCAGGCGAAGUGGGAGGCAGCGGCAUCUAGCAACUGGGAGCUGCAGGAGGGGGCGGAUGGCAGUAUCGAGGGGCUUCUGGGAGGACUGGAGGAGGCGGGGAAGAGGAAGAGGCUUCUCAAAGAUACCACACCUCUCCAGCGAGGCAUCAUUCGCCACACACUGCUUAUCCUAGAUCUAUCCAUCGCCAUGACCGAGAAGGACCUCCGACCAACUCGCUAUCUGCUCACCAUCAACUACACCAUCAUGUUCAUCCGCGAGUUCUUUGAACAGAACCCGAUCUCUCAGCUGGGCAUUCUAGGGAUGAGGGAUGGCGUGGCGGUCAGGGUAAGCGACAUGAGCGGCAAUCCGAACGACCACAUCAACGCCGUGAAGACUCUUCGCGGACAGGAUCCAAAGGGCAACCCAUCGCUUCAGAACGCAUUAGAGAUGGCGCGAGGGUCCUUGUACCACACGCCUUCUCACGGCACCCGGGAAGUGGUCAUUGUGCUCGGCGCACUCCUCAGCAGCGACCCUGGCGACAUCCACGACACGAUUAAGUCCUGCAUCAAAGACCGCAUCCGGGUCAGCAUCAUCGGUCUGGCAGCACAGAUGCACAUCUGCGCCGAAAUCUGCCGCAAGACCAACUCUGGCGACGACAACUCUUACAAUGUCGCGGUAGACGAGGUUGACUUCCAGGAGAUCCUGAUGUCCAUCACGACGCCGCCGGUAGUCCGCGCUACUGAUACCGAGGCGCAGAAGCGGAAUCAAGCAGCUCUACUGAUGAUGGGUUUUCCAUCUCGGAUUGUGGAGAAAGCGGCUACACUCUGUGCCUGCCAUGGCAAUCUCACCCGAGGAGGCUAUCUGUGCAGUCGAUGCAAGGCCAAAGUCUGCAACCUACCCGCGACAUGUCCGACAUGCGAUCUCACGCUCAUUCUUUCCACUCAUCUGGCGCGGUCAUACCACCACCUGUUCCCACUGCGUAACUGGGUCGAAGUGCCCUGGACCCGCGCAAGGCAGAAAAGGAGCACGCAAUGUUUUGGCUGCUUGGCCGCUUUCCCAUCUGUCCCGCCGGCAGACCGUGAGAGUACUGGAGGCGCACCAGGCGGGCGGACGAGAAGGGCAGAGGGUGCCAGCGAGUCGAGCAGGUAUGAGUGUGAGACGUGCGAGAACCACUUUUGCAUUGACUGCGAUGUGUUUUGCCACGAGGCGGUGCACAACUGCCCCGGGUGCCAGAGCAGUGCGCAUCUCCCUGGAGCGGAGGGUGCAGAGGCGAAUGGGAUGGAUGGGGAGGCUAUGCAGGCGUGA